UUAGUGUAUACUCCAAGCCUGGGUUGGAUCAAAACAAGGUUUAUCUUCAGUCACUGUUUACAGCUCAAUUUUCUUUUACCGACAUAUGAAACUCAAUGGCAAGGACAGAUGAUACUGACCCACAGUUUCAGCAGUGGAACCUGGACGCACAGAAUGUGCAGAUAAUUCAACAGCCUGCUUCCCAGCAGCCCACAACCAUCCUCCAGCAGCUCCCUGCUGCUGUGUCAUCUCCCACUCCCUCCAUCCGGCCAGGACACGUUAAGCAGGACCUGGUGGAGCUGAUGAUGAUCCAAAAUGCUCAGAUGCACCAGGUCAUCAUGAACAACAUGAGCAUGUCAGCCCUCAGCUCAUUUGGCCAUUCCCAGUUCCACCCUCCGUCUACCUCUGAGGAGGAGGAUCCAGAGGUGUACCACUACCAUUACCAGCCUACCCCGGCCUACCUGCCCUACCCAACCUGGUUGCCUCCACCCCUGCCUCACCCUAGCCUGGUCUACCGCAACACCCAUGAACCCCUAGAGCUAGCACCCUCACCACACAGAGACACCACCAGGAGGGCGGUCCCACCUCCUCCCCCACCCAGCGCUACCAGGUUCGUGGGGGCUGACCUCCCUCCAGCAACAGAUGACUAUGAUGCUGCGUAGAGAAGACAGUGACAAGAAGAGCAGAAAUCUACAGCAUCCAUUCAUCGUUAGCCUUGUUUGUACAAGAUGGAAUCGUUCUAAACGUGUCACAGUAAACAGAACUACAUUUCAGAGGCAAUGCAGUUUUGUUCUUCAUAAUAGUUCUUCAUAAUAUCAUGUUUCUGUAUCUUGCAGAAAUCUUAUAUAGCUCACCAUAGUUCUGUUUUUUUUCUCCAUGUUUUAAUGUGUGUCUUUUUUUAGAUUUGUUAUUUCAAGUAAAGAAAAGGCCA